GACACAUUCAUUGAAUGCAUUUCCUAGCUGUUGUCAUGCCGAGCGUUCUCCAUCUUCUCAAUGAGAAAAUUACAUAUUCAGUUGCUAAAGAGCGAGAAGUCAAUAUUCUUCAUCAACUUGGUUACUAUGAGCAACAAAACAGCUUCUUCUCUCACCUGAAUGACAACCGUUCUUGGAUGAAACAAAUAGUUGCCCACCACUUGGGCCUGCCAUCGAGCGAUGUUUGCCAUAUUGCUGAAAGACAGGAUUGGCUGAAUGGCAGUUUCAAUGUUUGUGUCCCGGUGACUAUCGAUAACUGGAAGUGCAAGGAGCAGCCUGGGAACCGUGUCCUUCUGAGAUUUCCUCUUCCAUACCGAGUUGGUGGAGCUUCCCAGGAAGGAAACGGGAAUGAAAAGAUUCAAUGUGAAGCUGGCACCUAUGCGUGGCUCCAAGAAAACUGCCCGGAGGUACCGAUUCCUCAGUUAUAUGGCUUUGCUCUCUCAACCGGCGAAACAUUCACUCGGGUUGCGAACCUACCUUUCUUAAGCCGGUGGCUUCAACUUUUCCGUCGCAAGAUCUUCUCCUGGAUUGGCAGAUCUGUGCCAUCUGCUUACGCCCGGCACUCAGACAAAACUCUGGCUUCGAUGGCUAGUAUGGCUACCACAGGUUAUAUGCUGAUUGAGUUCAUCGAGGGGAGACAAGGUGCAAUGCUCUCAAACACAUGGUCUGAUGGUCAGCAGGACAUCAAGCGACGAACCAACCUUUUUCGAGGCCUUUCCCGGAUUUUGCUCAAUAUCAGCCGAAAACCCUUGCCUCGAAUUGGCUCUUUCAUCAUUGACGAGAAUGGUUACUUGAGGCUGGUUAAUCGUCCCCUCUCAUUCGACAUCCAGAUACUGGAGAACGAGAAAAUACCAACCCACAUACACCGCGAUUUCACAUACUCUACGGUCGAGUCGUAUGUUAUGGAUAUUCUUGGAGCCCAUGACAGCCGCCUCCAUAAGCAACCUAAUGCGGUGAAUGAUAUACCUGAUUGUGUUUCUCAAAUGGCGGCAUUGGCGGCGAUGCGAACGCUUUUUCCGAUGUUUUUCCGGCGGGAAUUCCGCCGUCGACCGUUUGUCUUCUCUUUACCAGACCUCCACCAAAGCAACAUAUUUGUCGAUAAAAAUUGGCAUGUCACAUGUCUCGUGGACCUUGAAUGGGCAUGCGCUCGGCCAAUUGAGAUGGUUGAACCUCCAUACUGGUUGACAAACAAGAGCGUUGACAACAUGCUCUUAGAGGAGUAUGAUCCGCUUCGGAAGGAAUUCAUGGCUGCUCUUGUGGAGGAAGAAAGAAGGAUAUCCAAAUGUGUCACAAGAGAGGACUCGGAUUUGCCACUCUUGUCUGAGGUCAUGGAGCAGGCAUGGACUACAGGCACUUUCUGGUAUACUCUAGCUUUAUCUAGCCCGACUGGCCUGUUUGGAUUGUUCUAUAGGCAUAUCCAACCAUUAUUGGCAGGAGGCAAAUCAAGGGAAUUUGGCGAGGUUAUGCCCUUCUAUUGGGAGAAGGAUGUUGGCAGGUUUGUUGCUGGAAAACUUGCUGAUAAGAAACAGUAUGAUACUGAUCUUCGUCUGGCAUUCACUGAGGCCAAACAGCUAUGA